AUGCCCAACAAGAAUGUUGGCACCGGAACGGAUCGGAAAAAACCCAAUUUCCCCGCCAUCAUCCCCGAGUACUUGACUGCCGAGGAUAUCAGCGAAUUCCAAGUGAACAAGGAUGAACCCGAUGAAGAUGAACGAUGCGAGAUGAAGCCACAUGAAGCGUUUCAAGCAGAAAUGCUGAAGAGAGACAUAAAAUUUCGUCAUAGAGGAGCCGCAGACAAACCAAUCACAUACGAGGAGUUUGUGACUCGAUUGAGCAUGUUGAGGGAGCCUGGAUCAGUAACCGGGAAUAGGCCAGCUAUCACCAGAGAACAAGCCAAGGAAUUUCUUCUUGCAAUGAAGGAUGAAUGCAAAGUAGUUCACGACGGAUUCCGCAGCAUGAGCGAGCAUGGCGCACGUGUUCAGUCUGAUGUUAUCAAGAAUGCAAUGGAGACGGAUAAUGUUGCGAAAUCGAUCAAAAGACCCGCGCACAUAAAAGAAGAUUCUUUCUACAAGUCACUAGAAGAAGUCGAAGCGAUUUGGGCAAAAUGA